CUCCCACGCUUGAAACAUACAUACUCUUUGUUCAUUGGAGUUUUCUAUUUUCUACGAUUUUAUUACCAACCAGUCUUUUCAGCACGAAAUGUACUUUUUCUGUCCAGACAAUGCAAUGUUCAAAAGUUCCCAACGCCAGCCGGACUUUGCGGGUGGCUUGACAAUCAAAUUUUAGCGGCGCCUGGCAUCCCACUACAACUCUUGGAGCUCUUGGAAGCUUCCAACGUCGUCAGCAUUUCUUCAGACACCCUUUUAGAUACUAACAGGAGUUGGAAUGCAAUCAUCAUGCAUUCAUGAACGCUCUCCAUGGUUAUCGCAUGCAGACAUAGCAUAACCACCACAUAAUGUCUCUGGUCAGCAUACGAGACCUGGUUGCCAUCCCUACUGGAGACAACUCCAGCGACACCAUUAUCGACGGGAUACAUUGGAACCUCACAGCAUUACAGAACUGGAACUAUACAUACUAUUCGAAUAGGACAUUUUCGAAUGGAUCGUCAUGUCUUCUCGUCUUCGAACCAUAUACCCCGAUCCUUCUUCCAAACGGGACGUUUCUCAAUAGCACAUCUUGCUAUUCUCCAGUCAAUCCUCUGAAGGCGCGCUCGAAAAUUGGUCUCUUCUUCGCAUGCUUCUUCGCAAUCUCAAUUAUGUUUACAUCUAUCAAUCUGCGGAAGCAUGGAAGACUCUUUCUGCCGACCGAGAAGCGAUUUCUUGCCAUUGGGAGAAGAUGGCAGUGGUAUUGGAUGUUCAUCGUUGCGGCAUUUGCUAUCAUAAGCAGUAUAACAGGUGUGGACGUCGAUCGAUAUUAUCUGCCAGAGCUACCAAUUGUCCUGUCGAGCUUCUUCUGGUUCCUGAUGCUCCCUACAACGAUGUGCAUUGUAUGGGAAAGUGUCAGACAUUGGGGGAGUUGGCAGGAAAGGCAGAUGAUUGAUCCGAAUCCGUUCCAAUUGAGCCAAGAUGACCGGAGGACGAGGAUAGAAUUGCUCGUUCCUUUGGUGUUUUACUUCUUCGCCUGGGUGAACUUCUUUAUGGUCGUUCCAAGAUCUUGGAGCGCGAUCGAACGACAACGAGAUCCAGAGCAAACUCGGCUCAAGGCAGAACCGGUGGCCACAGAUGCACGAUUCAAAGCUGCUGCAUUGCUUCUUUUUUGCAGCUGGUGUACAAUCAUCUUCUCCCUCUGGCAUUCCAUCAAACAUUACAAGGAACGGAAUCGUGGAUACCUGAACCGCGCCAUCGGUUUCGUCCAAUAUGUCCCUAAAAGGUUCCUGCUCACUUUAGCAUUAUCUCUGAUUAUGAUAGGCUAUGAAGCUGCGUGCUCAUUUGAAUUCUCAAUCUCACCAUUGAAGUUGGAUACCAAGCUUGGGUACAUGUACGGUCUUGGAUGGGCUCCGAUUGCCUUGAUAUUCAUUGUCUACGAAGUGGCAGGAUACCUAGAGCCGAACGAAGACAAAGAAUUGAUACGUCAACGGCGAAUUCGAGGUGCCGAAAUCGACCACGAGAUAGGCAUCGUCAAGAAACCUCACUGGUGGUCCAGACUCAACAGAGACAAUCGAUCAAUGAGCAUCCAAGACCAAAUCACACGAAACGUUAAUCAUGUUGGCGGAGGUCCUCCGACCGCACGAAAUCUAGAACGAAACAUUGAACUGGGCAUCAUGCCGGUAUCGAAAGGGGUAGACGCCAAUAAACCAGCUGCCAACACAGAGGCGAUUCGGGCUGCUGCGAAUCUUCUGUUCCCCGCCAGGAGCGAUGUUGAAGAGACUCAGGAAAGGUUUACAGAUUAUGCAGAACCUUCUAGAGGACGGAGCAUAAGACCAAGGCACGAGACUGAUCGGAGCGAAAGCCACGAAAGCCAGGUUACUACAGGUGCGAAGCCACAGGAAGUCAGAAGCAUGCUCGACAUUUGAUCUGAGAUUUGUUGGUUAGGAGUCUGGGUUGGAGACAGUGUUGCUAUGGUGCUGGCGUUCGGGCAGAAGGUGAUUCUGUAUGGUUAGGAAAAAUUGGGUAUACACAGAUAGAUACCCAGAGGGCAGGUAUUUGCUACGAGUAAAGUUUUUACCUUUCUCCCAUUGUACAAUACAACAACUUCAUAACCAUACUCUUUCAUUCGUCGUCCGCAAGCCUUGUCCUCGAGCAUCGCUGGAGAGAUGAUUCUUAAGUCUAGACUAUUUCUCCACAAUCAUUGGUCUGCAAGUGCAGAAUAUCGAAGACUGAAGUUGUAUCAGCGCUGACAUCAGAAGCAGUACUUGAUCUCUUCCGUUUCGACAACAAACAACUAUACUGUGCUUGCAUGAUGCUUGUCAAGGACGUUGCCAUGUCAUCUACACCUUGUGUCUCACUGAGUACUGAGGGAAGAGG